UCCCCCCGUGGGACAUUCACUGGGAAGGCAAGAUGGGAAAGGUGCUGCUGUGUGUCGGUUUGGCCGUUCUGCUGCAGCUGCAGCUGGGCUCUGCUUACAAACUUGUGUGCUACUUCACUAAUUGGUCUCAGUACAGGCCAGAACCUGCCAAGUAUUUCCCAAACAAUGUGGACCCAAAUCUCUGCACCCACUUAAUCUACGCCUUUGCAACUAUGAAUCAAAAUAAGAUCGCGCCCUAUGAAUGGAAUGAUGAAGACAGACUCUUCCCAGAAUUUCAAGCAUUGAAGAAACGGAACGACAAACUCGUCACUAGCCUGGCUAUCGGAGGGUGGAACUUUGGCACUCAGAAAUUCACUGAGAUGGUUUCCACACAAGCCAAUCGUAAAACUUUCACUGACUCGGUGAUCGUGUACCUCCGUAAGUUUGGGUUUGAUGGGAUCGACCUGGAUUUUGAAUACCCGGGCUCUAGAGGCAGCCCCCCCGAGGACAAACACCGCUUCACCAUCUUGGUUCAGGAAAUGCUGGAAGCCUUUAAAGCUGAGGCUGCAAGCACUGGACGCCCCAGACUUUUACUUACCGCAGCGGUAUCUGCUGGCAAAGGAACUAUUGAUGCUGGAUAUGAAAUUGCAGAGAUAGGGAAGGUUCUGGAUUUCAUCAGCGUGAUGACGUACGACUUCCACGGAGGCUGGGACCGCUUCACGGGACACAACAGCCCACUCUAUGUAGGCUCUGCUGACCAGGGGGACUUCAAGUACUUCAACUGCAAAUUCGCCAUGGAGUACUGGCAUAGUAACGGCGUCCCCGCUGAGAAGCUCGUGAUGGGAUUCCCCACCUACGGGCGGACCUUUCGACUUACUGGCAGUGACACAUCUGUCGGUGCCCCAGCAUCUGGGGCUGGGUCUUCAGGCCCUUACACCCGGGAAGCUGGUUUCUGGGCUUAUUAUGAGAUCUGCACAUUCCUAACAACAGCUCAGGUGCGAUGGAUUGAUGACCAGAAAGUCCCCUAUGCCGUGAAGGGGAAUGAAUGGGUGGGAUAUGACAACAAGUGCAGCUAUAAACACAAGGUGAAAUACUUGAAGGAGAAAAAUUUCGGCGGUGCCAUGGUAUGGGCCAUUGAUCUGGAUGAUUUCCUGGGCACUUUCUGCAAUGAAGGAAAGUAUCCGCUAAUAAGUGAACUGAAGAGACUCCUUGAAAUGAACGGUCCAAUCGUGCUAGAUUGCCCUGUAGAUAUCCCUACAGUUGACCCUCCAACUACCACUCCAGUUCUUCCCCCUACGCCUGGAGGAGAUGGUGACUUUUGUGCUGGCAAACAAGAUGGCAUCCAUGCCGAUCCCCAAGACAUUACAAAAUACUACAUGUGUGCUGGAGGCCAGACUUACCAUUUUACCUGUGCAGCAGGCCUUGUCUAUGAUGACAGCUGCAAGUGCUGUAACUAUCCAAAAUUUUAGCCCCGUCCCUUGCUCAGGACAAACACCGAUGAGUAAUAUAUCGUAACUCGAAUCAUCCCGCUGGCAACAUUCCUCGUGCCUCAUCCAAGAAAGCCAAGUGGUUGGAAUGAGGCAUUAAUUGGUGUGUUGCCUGCUGUGUGAUUGGUGACCCUGCUUUGAACAUAAUAAAUAAUAUUCUCUGUGUU